UUAUAUUUAAAAUGGUAUCCAAACCAAAAUUUUGAUUCAUAAGUUUCAAUGUAUUUGAUUCAUAAAUUGGAGUGGACUAUAAUUACAAACUGAAAAAAUGGCGACACACCAAUAUUAUGGAUUUCAUCCAUGCUCCAAUUCCAAGUCCAGAAUGAGCUAUUUGGGGUCGCAGAUGACUCUAUUUGGCUUGCUAAGAGUGACAUUCAAGAAUUGUGCACCAUGCAAUACUUGGGAGCCCAACAAAUAGGAGUUUGGUGCAAGUACCUUAAAGAAAGACUGUUGGACAUGGGUGGGUUGAAUCGAGUCUAUGAAUUUUUGAAUCCGGGUGCGAUUGCCACCGAUGCAGGGGAUGAGAGUAAUCGUUGCCAAGCACUAGUCGCUCGAAUGACUAGGAUGACUAAUUCAGAGAAAUGGCUUAUUGCCCCAUAUAAUAAUAGGAAGAUGUUUCACUGGAUGCUUGUAGUCAUCCAGCCAAGUACGCAAACGGUGGCGUACUUGGAUUCAGGCAACGACGACAUCCCGAAUGAUUUGAACUUUAUUAUAUCCACAUCGUUCACAAUGUAUAACCGAAUGGUACGACGACCUGAUCGACCUACCCAGUGGAUGACUCCUAUUUGUCCUCAACAACCCGAUGACAAACAGUGUGGAUACUACGUCAUGAAAUUCAUUGAAAGUUUCAUGGUCGUAGAAGAUCCAAUACAAUUGUUGACCCGACAAGAUAGGUUCUCCACUCCGUACACUAAUGAUGAGAUAAAUAUUAUGCGUGAUCGGUGGAUUCAUUAUGUGAAAGCGGAAGCGAAGCGACAACAGUUACCGUGUUAGACAGUGUGUAUACA